AUGGCCGAGAACAAGCUCAUCUGUGUCAUAGGAGCUACGGGAAACCAAGGCGGAUCAGUCGCCCGUCGGUUUCGUGAGGCGGGUUUCCGUGUCCGUGGCUUGACCCGCGAUACAUUGUCCCCCGCAGCACAGAAGCUUGCGGCUGAUGGCAUUGAAGUGAUGAAAUCAGAUCUGGAUGACUUGGAGAGCCUCAAGCCCGCUCUAAAGAAUGCCAAUGUCAUAUUCAGUGUUACAAACUACUGGGAGCCAUUCUUUCGCCCGGACUGCCGUCAGAACGCCAGUGGGUUGGGCAUCUCACCUGCUCGGUUUGCCUACGAUGUUGAAUAUCAACAAGGCAAGAAUAUUGCCGACGCCGCAGCUGCGACCUGUGAUUCUCUCGACUCAAACGGUUUCCUAGUGUCCACGCUCAGCCAUGCUGCUAAGUCCAGCCAGGGGAAAUUCAUCGAGUUGUACCAUUUCGACUCUAAAGCGGAUAUCUUCCCCUUCUACGUUAGAGAAAAGUACCCUGACCUUGCGGCCAAGAUGUCCUGCAUCCAGACCGGCUACUUCUAUACAAGUUUCAACAUCUUACCUGACUCGUAUUUUGGCAAGGCAAACAGGAUUGUGCCACACUUAGACCCGGUCGGGGAUAUGGGCACUUUUACCUUCGCCGUCUACCAAAUGCCUCCCGGGAAAGAGUACAUGGCGGAAGGGACAAGUUGUAGUUGGGCGGAUUGGAUCAAGACGUGGAGCGACAUAACUGGCGUGCCUGCAUCUUAUCGACAGAUCACUCCCGACGAAAUGAUUGAAAUGACUCCCGAUCGAGACUGUGGCAUCGAGGUAGCAUACAUGUUCUCUUAUAGUACGGACCCAGGAUACGAUGGAGGUAGAGCUCUUCUCACUGCCGAGGACAUUCGCAAGGCAAGUUAA